GUGUCCCGUGUGAUGUCCGGCACGAGGAUUUUGUGGGCGACCACAGCUACAUUUUCCGCUUGCCCCAAAACGCCCGCAGCCGCCUGGUGACCUCGGCCGAGUUUUGGUUCUACACGGGUCUCCCCGCCACCGCCGACCCGUCCGGCCCCCUGCCCGAACUCUUCUUCCUUCUGGAGGACAGCUUCGUCAGCAGCGCCGAGAGUGUGGAGGUGGAGGGCCAGUGGGCUGUCUUCCACGUCUCCGACCCCCUGCUGCGACACCUCACCCGCAGCGUCCUCCUCCUGCAGGUCAAGUGUGCCUGGUGCCGAUGUGGGGGGGAGGAAGAUGACCAGGCCAACCUGCCCUUCCUCUUGUCCUCCACCAAGCCCGCCCGGCCCGGCAGGUCGCGGCGUUCCACGGUGCCCUGGUCUCCGGCCUACGUCAACCUACUCCAGCGCCCGCCCAGCCCGGAGCUGAUCCACGACGAUUGCCACCGCUCGGCCGUCAACAUCUCCUUCGAGGAGCUGGGCUGGGGCAACUGGAUCGUACAGCCCAGGGACUUCACCUUCUACUACUGUAACGGGACCUGCUCCAACUCAAACCGCCUGACCUCCAGCCUGGGCCUCAAGGUGUGCUGUACCUCCGUGCCCGGCACCAUGAAGCAUCUCAGGGUCAGGACCACCUCCGACAGCGGCUACACCUUCAAGUACGAGACCAUCCCCAACAUCAUCACCAAAGAGUGCGCUUGCAUCUGAUCUGCCCAACCCUUAUCUCAUAGAAAAUAGGCUCAAGGAGCAGGCCCUUCAUCUCAUAGAAGCAUAGAAAAUAGGCUCAAGGAGUAGGCCCUUCAUCUCAUAGCAGCAUAGAAAAUAGGCUCAAGGAGUAGGCCCUUCAUCUCAUAGAAGCAUAGAAAAUAGGCUCAAGGAGUAGGCCCUUCAUCUCAUA